GAUAUCUUGAAUCUAUCGCUUCAAUACACUUGCUCAACAACAUGGCACCCAAAACAAGCCUGGCCCGGAGCGAUAACCCCCCUCACGAAGUUGAAGAGUUAGAGUAUUUGGAGGAUCUGGAAACCAAUGACAAGAGGCACGUGCGCUUUGAAUCGCAGCUCCGAGAUCCCAAGUCUCGUCAGCUUGAAUACCCUCGAUUGCCCAAACACAGCCGAUAUAUUAUCGCCAGGUUCUACUGGGCGUUACCGGGGCUUAUCCGCUUCGCCAUCAUUAUCUUUCCUAUGGUCGCGAUCUUCACCCUUGUUUCACGCUAUAUUUUUAGUGGACGCGAUGUCCUCGGGCUAAGUGCCACAUCGUUAACCCUCGUGUGCGCAAAUAUUGGAGUUGUUAUGCUCAUAGGUCUUGUCUUGGAUUCCUUUGUGGAACUCCGGCACGGAAUCCGUUUACCACUGGCACAAAAUGAGGCAAUAGAGUUAACUUCCCUUGCAUUUAUGUGGUGCUUCUUCGUCUUGUGGGCUACAUCUGGUGUCGUCCUAUGGUUAAGUUUCGCCGCUUUUGAGGGCAACAUCGCGGACCGCUAUCUGCUAGCGCAACAGUUUGACACCAAAAUAUCACAACGUGGUGCUUUAAAGUUCGUGUCGUCCUGCAUCAGGGGUACGAUUCCAGAGCGGAAUGCCACAAUCAGCGACUUGGUUAAAUGUCUUGAGAAGCUCGGCGUGCCUUCCGAUGUUGUAUGACAGGGUAUGUCAAUUGAAGCAACGUCAGCAUCUUAUGGAUCAAGCCAUUGAGGCAAGGCACACCGUCCAUGGCUCUCAAGUGUAUUUAUAACUACAAUGAGAAAUUUCAGCACUCCAUUACAUGUAGCGCUUGACCCUGCUAGUUGUAACUUUGGUGUACAUUUAAAGUAACGUCUUCGAUGAAUUGGG